GUUGCUCCCGCGUUAUUUCACGCUUUGGGCUGCGAAGUUCAAUGCAUUGACUUUGCUUCUCUUAGUGCUUUUAGUGAAACUCUUUCUGUUUCCAUUGAGGAAGCGCUUGUGAAAAGCAUAAGAGAUGCUUUUAAGAGACCACCAUGUGCCAUCUAUCUACCUCGUUUGUGCUUUUGGCUAAGACUCGCUAAUAAAAGUUUAUCACUUUUACUGCGAGCAUUAUUGGAUGAAAUACCUAUAGACAAAGGAAUUUGUGUGCUUUUCACUGUUGAAGAUACUGUUGACGUUGACGAUUUGGAAGAACUUUGCGGAGAUUUUCUCGUGUGGGAGCUUAAGCUUCCCUCUUGCGCGGCUCGGCAUUCUUUUUUCCGUCAUUUACUUGCAAACUUUUGCAACUCUUCAUUUUCAUUGAAAAAGCAAACGAUUUGCAUACAAGAAAACUUACCGGAAGCCCCUUUCCAACUAUUACCUUCCAGCUGUUCAAGUUUCGAAAUAAAAUACUUUAACGAGGAAAGUGAAGCGCUUAUGCGGGAGUUUCGUAUAUACUUACGACAAGUACUUAACCGCGUGUCAAAAAACUCGAGAUUUCGUAUUUUUUUAACUCCAGUAAGCUUAGAAGAGCACCCAAAAUACCUCGCAGUUGUCGAUCAACCAAUGGAUCUAUCUCUUAUCAUGCAGAAGAUAAACGAUAACGCCUACAUUCGGCCUUAUGAAUUUGUUGAGGAUAUUAAGCUAAUAACGAAGAACGCUCUCGUGUACUUUAAAAAAGGAGAUUCUGUUACGAACCGCGCUAUCGAACUUCAAGACGAAGUUGCCUCGCUAAUGGCCGACUUGCGUGAAGAGUUUGUAAAAGACUGCGAGAGGCUUUACCGUAUCAAACAAAAGUUAAAUGAAUCGGAUCAGUAUUAUGAAAAUUGUGAAGCCGAAAUCAAUGUUAUUAAUAGCAAUAAAUAUGAUGAUAUUUAUAAUAAUAAUACCUCCGACAUAAAAAAAACGCAUGAAAAUUUCUCGACGGAAUGUUCUACCGAAAAUUGUGUAGUGAACGAGCCAAUGACCGCUAAGGUCGAUGAGUUGUUAGACAUUUUGGUCUCACGAACGGAAAAGCUGCCCAUUAAAAAACUGACUGAAGUUUAUUCUGAGCUGAAAGAGCUCAUCUAUAAGCACCGCCUUGAAGGAGACAGGCAUGUGACUCUGCAGGCCAUGUUUUCGUAUGCUGCUGAACUCGAUGAAAUAAGCCACUCGGAACACGUGCCAACGAAUAUUUGUUUAUAAUAGAAAAAAGUUUUUUUUUUUAAAGA